AACCUUUUUCCUUCCUUUCUUUUAUUAUUCAAAAAAUUCCUAAACACGUGCCAAACCAGAAAGAAGACAAGAACAAAACAAACAAACGAACAAAAAACUAUAAUUCCAUUUCCUUAUUCCCAAACCUCCAAUUAUCUUAUUGCAACCAUUCCUCUGCAGAUAAGCCUUUUCUUUCUCUUCAUAUGUAAGAAGAAUGGUACAAUUUUCUGCCAUGGCUCGUUCCAUAAGCUUCUCAUCACAUCCAAUACUUAAACCAUUCAUCACUCAUCCUAUUGAAAAUAUUAUAUUCACCACUUUCCAAAAGAAAAAAUUUCCAUUAAAAUUCUCUCACCAAGAAAUUCAUCUUCAAGAACCGAAGCCGUCAUCGAACUCGAAGCCUUUCGGCAGAGAGAGCAAUAUAAACUUAGCCCUCGAAACAUUGGAAGCAAUGGGACGAAACGAAACUCCUGCAGAACCAAUCCGUGUGUCGGAACUAAUGCAAUUCACCGUCGACUCGAAAUCUCUGCCAGCUGGCGACAGGAUUUACGAGUACGUAAUGAGAUUCUCGUCAAGUUACGACGUCUCCGUCUUCAACGAGUUGAUCGAUAUGUACUUCAAGCUCGGAGACUACAGAAGAGCCGGUCGAGUAUUCGAGCAAAUGGUAUGCAAGAACAUCGAUUCUUGGAAUACCAUGAUAAAGGGCUUGUCCGAAAACGGACAAGAAAACGAAGCAAUACAACUUUUCGCCAAACUAGUGAAAGAAGGUAAUAAUAAUACUACUAAUAGUAACAUUUCACCAAAUGAAGAAACAUUCUUGAGUGUUCUCAAGGCAUGUGAGCACUUAGGAGAUUCGGAGAAAGGGAAAUCGUAUUUCGAAUCGAUGAGCAAAGAUUACGGAAUUACCCCCUCCUUGGAUCACUACACGAGCUACGUUAAUCUUCAAAGGAAAACGAACAGAAGGGUAGUUUCGGAAAAAGAUCGUGCGAAAAAUUCGGACAAGAGUUUGGCGUACGAGAAAUUGCGAUGUUUGAGCGACGAGGCGAAGAAAGCGGGUUAUGUGGCGGAUACGAGAUACGUACUACAUGAUAUCGACGAAGAAGCUAAAGAGAGAGCUUUGAUGUAUCAUAGUGAAAGAUUGGCUAUUGCUUAUGGGCUUAUUAGGACAACUCCGGGUACAACUUUAAGGAUUAUAAAGAACCUUAGAAUUUGUGGAGACUGUCAUAAUUUUAUUAAAAUAUUGUCUAAAUUUGAGGAGAGGGAAUUUAUUGUAAGGGAUAAUAAGAGGUUUCAUCAUUUUAAAGAUGGAAUUUGUUCUUGUAGAGAUUUUUGGUAGAUUUCUUGGAUUGGUUUUAGUGUGUUUCUCAAAGCCUAUAUAUGUUUGGUUCAUGUGAUUAAGUUGUGUAUAUACUAAAAUAUUCGAAUUCGGAAUGAUAAAUUCAUCGACUUUGUUCGAAUUAAUUCGUUUCGAUUAUGAAUUUUAAAUUCUCGAUUUUCAUUUUAGGUUA